AUGGGGCCCCCAGGCAAUAGGGGAUCAUGGGACCCCUGUGUCCUUGCCCAGACCCAAAAAAAGCCUAUAAAAAGGUACCAGGGGCAUCUUAUGGGGCCCACUACUGACCCCAGGCCCUCGAGCAGUGCCCAAGUGCUCAAAUGGUCAGUCCGCCCCUGGGUCAGUCACAUGACUUUAACAGAUCACUACCUAUCAGGGGCGGACUGACAACUCAUGGGGCCCCCGGGCAAUAGGGGAUCAUGGGGCCUCUGUAUCCUUGUGCAAACUCAAAAAAGCCUAUGAAAAAGGUACCAGAGGCAUCUCAUGGGGCCCCCUACUGACCCCGGGCCCCCGGCAGUGCCCGAGUUUCCAAAUGGUCAGUCCACCCCUG